UUGGAAUGGUACCAGACUCGGUGCAUUAGAGCUUUCUUGCUCUAUCUAGUUGGCUGCACAUUGUUUAGUGAUAAGACUGGUAGUGGUUGUUGUGUUGUUUACUUGAAAUACUUUGACGAUCUGACUACAGUUAAUCAAUGGUCAUGGGGUGCCUCUGCUCUUGCUUUCCUAUACGAUUAUCUAUGUAAGAUGACUAAACCCAAAUGUGCGUCCUUGUCUGGCUACACUUGUUUGACGCAGGCAUGGAUAUAUGAACACUUUCCAAGAAUUUGUCCGAGGGAUAUUGAUAUGAGUUAUAGAGAGGAUCGUCCACGCGCUUGUCGGUUCAUGCAUAAAAAGGGCAUUGCUGUGGAGUAUUCUUACAGGGCGGCAUUGGAUCGUAUUUUGGUUGAUGACAUCAUUUUCUAUCCAUAUGAUUGUCAUCGAGAGAGUCAUCCGUUGGAGGACAUCAUUUGGUUUUCAGGGUGGAUAAUGUGCGGCAUGUCAUGUUUUCGAACACACUUGCCAGAGCGUGUGCUGAGGCAAUUUGGAUAUGUUCAAACUAUUCCUAGAAAUCCUGCUAUUGCCGCACCGCACUCAUUGAGCAUUCAUCAGAAGGCAGAGGCUUUCCAGGAUUAUAAUCUGCAUCUGAUUUCUGAAGAAGACCGUGGACUACUUGUGGACAAUGAUUGGGAUUCUGAGAAUGGAUACUUUCUGUGGUUCUACAAGGUCUCGUGCCCUUUAUUGAUACCUAAUGUUCCUAAUAAUCCGCCGAGGCCCGCUAAUCUAGAGGUUCUCUUAGAGGAGGAGGAACAUGGUGUUGAGCCAUUGUCUGUCAUCUGCAGGAUCAGGGCCCUGGCAAUUAAUUCCAUUGAACAGAAUCAGGAGUACGCAGACACUCCUUUAUACAUGGCUAUGAAACAGAUUGUAGCUCAGGCCACGCCUGCGACUCAGUACAAGUCAUUGAGGCGUAAGCGGAGAAAGGUCAGGCAAUAUAGUUCACAGCCUGAGUGAUGUCUGUAUAUUGUUUUGAGUUUUAUGUUUGAAGAAGUUGGAUAUGAACCUAUGUAGUUGGUCCUUAUGAACCUAUGUACUUGGUCGUUAUGACAUUU